AUGUCGAGAAGGAGAGGAAAUAAUUACAAUAGCGUUCAGUAUCAAAAACUCGAACAAUGCGAUCAAAAUCAUUCCGAUACUGAAAUCCAACAGCCAAUCUCUGUUAGAAUCCCAUGGAAAGCUAUAAGUUUGGCAUUCGUAUUAUGCGUUGGUGGUUUAUUUAUGUUGAUUUUAGGAAGUCUAAUUGUAACAGGUCACUUAGAUUCAAAGUUCAGCGAUAGAAUGUGGCCUAUCAUUAUAUUGGGAGUUAUCAUGUUUAUACCCGGUAUUUAUCACAUGAGAAUUGCUUUUUAUGCCUAUAAAGAAUACCCUGGAUAUUCAUAUGAUGACAUACCUGAAUUCGAUUAA